AUGCCUGUGCCAUUGCUGGCACUGGUUGCAACAGCAAUCUAUGCAGCCUUGUUUUGGAAGACACUUGGUUCCCCGGGGAAGUUCAACUUCACGGGGAAUCAAUUCAGCGAAACUUAUAUGUUUCAUGUGAAGUUCCUCAAGGAUCUGAAGAAGAACGUGCCUAAGAAGUUUCACUGCAUGAUGGCAGACAUCUAUGAGUCCGUACAGGCCUUGAAACGAAAGGGAGGCGAUAAUCAGGCUGAUGAGCAUCGAAAGGCGUUGGCGCUACUGGACCUUGAUGGCAUGUGUGAGGAUUAG